CUGCACAGCUUUCCCUACCGUUGCAAUUGGAAAAAAUCACUUUGCAGUCUGUUUUGCAAGGUGUGCAUUUCCACUUCCAUUCUCUGCAAGAUCACCUGCUGCAUCGGUGAAGAAAAAGUCCACUUGCAUGAAGAUUGGUCGCCUGAAGCUUGCAUCUUUGUUGCAAAACUAGCCCCAGAAGAGAGGCAAGGCAAAGUCUUUUGUGCUCCCCUCCCCCAUCAAAGGAAAGGGGAAAAUGUCUCAGUCGAAAGGCAAGAAGCGAAACCCAGGGCUGAAAAUUCCCAAAGAAGCAUUUGAGCAACCUCAGACCAGCUCCACGCCACCACGGGAUUUGGACUCUAAGGCCUGCAUCUCAAUUGGGGAUAAGAAUUUCGAAGUGAAAGCUGACGACCUGGAGCCUAUAGCAGAACUGGGACGAGGUGCGUACGGGGUAGUGGAGAAGAUGCGACACGUGCCUAGCGGGCAGAUCAUGGCGGUGAAGCGAAUCCGGGCGACGGUGAACAGUCAGGAGCAGAAGAGGCUCCUAAUGGAUCUGGACAUCUCCAUGAGGACGGUGGAUUGUCAUUUCACGGUCACCUUCUACGGUGCGCUCUUCCGGGAGGGCGAUGUGUGGAUCUGCAUGGAACUCAUGGACACGUCCCUGGAUAAGUUCUAUAAGCAUGUCAUUGACAAAGGUCUGACAAUUCCCGAGGACAUCUUGGGAAAAAUCGCAGUCUCGAUCGUAAAGGCGCUAGAACACCUACACAGUAAGCUCUCUGUCAUUCACAGAGAUGUCAAGCCGUCCAACGUGUUGAUCAAUACCCUGGGCCAAGUGAAGAUGUGUGACUUUGGAAUCAGCGGUUACCUCGUAGACUCUGUUGCUAAAACUAUGGACGCGGGAUGCAAGCCUUAUAUGGCUCCCGAGAGAAUAAACCCGGAGCUGAACCAGAAGGGAUACAGCGUGAAAUCCGACAUCUGGAGUCUGGGCAUAACAAUGAUCGAACUGGCCAUCCUGCGGUUCCCCUACGAUUCCUGGGGCACCCCGUUCCAGCAGCUCAAACAGGUGGUGGAGGAGCCGUCACCCCAGCUUCCAAUGGGCAAGUUCUCAGCGGACUUCGUUGACUUUACCUCACAGUGCUUGAAGAAGAAUUCUAAAGAGCGGCCAACAUACCCAGAACUCAUGCAACAUCCUUUUUUCACUCUGCAUGAAUCCAAAGAGACAGAUGUGGCAUCUUUUGUAAAACUGAUUCUUGGAGACUAAACACCAAUGGACUCACUUUCGGUUGGCCCUCCUGUGGACUGGUGGGUUUGGGGAGGGGGGGGAUGGUGAAGCUCAGCCUUGAGAUUGUUUUAAC